AUGUCUUGCAGUGAUGGAGUGGAGAAGCAGCCUCUAGCCGUGGUCGGUUCCCCUUAUUGGAUGGCUCCGGAAGUGCUGAGAGGAGAGCUUUACGAUGAAAAGGUGGAUGUUUUUGCGUACGGCAUCAUUCUGUGUGAGAUCAUUGCUCGGAUCGAGGCCGACCCAGACGUCCUACCUCGAACUGAAGAUUUUGGACUGGAUGUGGAAACCUUUGAGCAAAUGAUUGGAGACUGUCCAGCUGAUUUCCUUAGCCUGGCUGUUAACUGCUGCAAUAUGUGUGCAAAGAGUCGUCCUUCCUUUGCUGACAUUGUUGUGACCUUGGAGAGGAUGGAGAGGGAAAGGGAAAAGACCGAGGCACCUGUUAUUCUAGAACCCGUAGCCACUGAUGAGAGCCCGUACAGGAGGCGGAGUUCACCUUACCAGCUGGGCACCCAGCGCCUGGCACGGAGUCAGUCAGCCCUGUUGCCGCCUGCCUUGAAUCCGUGUGUGGGUACACCGGUGCGUCUCAAACCCUUCUCCCUACGCCAUGACCUCAAUGGUGGGAGAAUCAAACUCUUUGACACACCCAGUAAAUCACUUAUCUCCCUGACCUUCACUUUGCCCCCACCCCCUGAGCCUUCCUCCUCUCCACCAUUUUGUGGAACUUCAAAACUUCGAGGCCCACCCCGCCAGUGCCAGUCCUUACCCUGCACUCCUGAUCUGGGUCGACCUUUGACCUCAUUCCAUGAGCUUGAAUCUGAAAGCAUGGAGGAGAAAGAUGAAGAAAAAGAAGAGACAGAAAAGGUAGUCAGUGGCUCAGAUGAUCUUGGGCAGGACUCCGGCUUGGUGCUGGAUCUAGAGAUGGUGUCUUUGGAGAGGGUGGACAAAGAGGAUGAAGUAGAGGAGGAUGAAAAAGAAGGAGAGAUGGAGGGACUGUGCCGGGUUGAACCCAUGGACUGCAACAGCUCCCCUGAUGCAACAGAGGGUGCUCUGAGAUCAACAGCAAAACCUUUCCUUCAUGGUUCUUAUUCAUCCUCCUCUUCUGUCAGCCCGCAGCCUAAUGGCUGGACAGUACCUAUUUCAAAUGGACCUCCAUCCCUUCCACCCUUGCCUCGCCUGGACAAUAACAACAGCAUGCUGGGAGUCGGCCGGGUGCCUUGGGUGCAGCUCAGUGGAUACCGUGGUCAUCGUGCUCCUGUCCGCCUGGCUCCUCCUCCCGAACAGGAUGACAUCAUUUCCUGUCCGGGUUGUUGCCUGGUGGGCUUUAGCUUUCCAUCGUUGUGCCUGCGUGGAGCUCAGCCUCCUCGUCGAACUCCACCCCUCCGCCCAUACAGGAAUCUUAAUGGGGGAGAUGCAGCAGUUGGCAGCUCACACAGUGGACUGAUGUGUCGAGGAGCAAAGGGCUUGGCUCCACCCACAAUGACACGAGAACCGGGUUUGCCACUUCCAGAGGCACAGACGUAGUUAGAGCAGCGCCCUCUAGAGCGCUAACGCAACACAGUGAACAUAUGCUAGCCUUGGCGCAGUGGCUGUGCCAAUAACCACUAUGGUUAGACUAUUACUGCUAAUGUGGUGUGAGGAUGUAAGAGAUGGAGUGUUGGGAUUUUAGGGUGUGUGUAUGAAUUUGUGUGUGUGAGAGAGAGAGAGAGGGAGAGGUGAGUGAGGUGAAGUAUUAUAGAAAAACAAAACAGAUGUACAGAAUGGAAAGUCUGUCUGUGAUAUUGUAGGAUACAAACUACAUUAUUUGUGUUGAAUUUGGAGAAGGUGCUAUCUUAACCACAUUAGACCUUUAGCUUCACAAGACACUGUGUUAACAGUCACCCUAAAACAGAUUGUGUGUGUGUGCGAGUGUAUGCAUGUGCGUGUGUGUGUGUCUUUUGUGAUGAAUUUGGAC